ACAAUUGAGUGUUUUGCUGCAUUUUGCUUUUUUUCUAUUUUUUUUUAAAUAUUUUUAAUUUCCUGUGAAUAGAUUACGCUAAGCGUGUAGUCUAUUCCUAAGGAUUUAUGAAUAAGAACUAUAAGAGACAAGAGUUGGUGGAAUAUUGUGGGGUAAAUUGCGUUUAGUCUUGUAAUGCAAUGACUCUUAAUCUAGCCAAAGAGAUAUUUGGAACCAAAGUCACUUGCGAUAAACUAGCGAGGGAUGACUGCCCUGUUGAAAACCUAAUAUCCAAUAACCCUUCAAUAUCUAGGAGGGGAUACGCUGCCGAGAGACACUUUUUUGGCAACCGUGGAAUUAGAUCUUUAAGACUUAAAUUGAUUGGUGGACAUAGCGUGUUGGGGUUUAUUGAAAUUUGGGGUCGACCAACGAAUAGGAAAGAUAUAGAAUCCGCAUUAUCAAUAGCCAAUUCUAAAACUGAUUUUGUCCGUGAUAUUCCAAUUCGCCAUUUCAAUAGUCAAUCUCCUCAAAAAGUUCAAAACGAUAAGAAAAAUGUAUGCGACGUGAAAGAGACAAGGGAUAGAAGAAGAUUAAAGAGGAAAUUAAAUGAAUUAUCUAAUGAUAGUAUUCCAUUGGAUUUUUUGGACGAUUUAACAAACGAAUUAAUGCUAUUACCUUUUAUUCUUCCGUCUGGAAAAAUUAUUGACAAAAUGACAAUUGAAAAGCAUAAUGAAGAGGAAACAAAAUGGAAUAGAAUGCCGAAUGAUCCAUUCACCGGUAUUCCAUACAACGAUAAAAGUAAACCAGUAUAUCAUACGUCACUUAAGGCCAGAAUUGAUGAAUUUUUAAUUCGAAAUGAAAAUGUUGGAUCGAAGAGAACAGUUGGUGGAAAAGAACAAUCCUGCUCAAAGUUGAUUAAAAUUGAUAAAGACCCGAAAGACGAAACUGUAAAAGAGACGACCAUCAAUUCUUUUACGCCUAUAUUACAAUCCUCAUCAAAUUCUCUUAGUGACGUUCUCGCAGACGUCUUAAUUAUCGGAUCUGGUAUCUUCGUUGCACCGUCAGGAGUAUUCCAGUUCUCAGGUUCUCUUGUAACUUCCCUAUCGAUUUGGUUAUUUACUGGUUUGUACUGUCUUGGUCAGGCUCUUUGCUAUGCAGAGUUAGGCACAGUUCUGCCCAAGUCCGGUGGGGCUUAUAUUUACAUAAUAAACAUCUUGGGUGAGAUUCCGGCGUUUUUGUGUGCUUGGAUUCAUAUUUUUGUCAAUGCCACAAGUUCUUUAGCGGUACUUUUACGAAUCUUUGCCACGUACAUUCUUCAACCUUUCAACAUUACGUGUAAUGAAAGUUUGAUUACGGCUACAACAGUUGCUUGUUUAGUGACGGUUGCCUUCUUGAAUGCGAGAAGCGUCUCUUUAGCCGCAAAAUUGCAGGCGUUUUUUGCUUUUACUAAAAUUCUUUCCAUUAUUCUGGUGGUUAGUUUCGGCUGUUAUCAUCUAGCAAUUGGUGGAUAUAAGAAUUUUACCCCAUUAUUCCAUUCGAGUGAUUUAGUUAUUGGAAAUCUUUCAAGAGCCGUCCUGAAGAGUUAUUUCGCCUAUAAGGGCUGGGAACACAUUGCCGCCCUUCCGGAGGAGAUGGUUAACCCUGAAAGAGAUUUACCAAUUACCAUGAUAGCCUCAGUUUCGACAAUAACCCUACUCUAUUUAAUUAUGAACGUGGCUUACGCGGGAGUCUUAACUCCCGACGAAAUUUUACGUUCCGAAACAGUAGCUCAGAGUUUCUCCCAGAAAAUUCUUCCCUCAGAGUACUCUUGGAUUGUACCUGUAGUAGUUGCUUUAGCGUCUUUGGGCUCGGCUAACGGCGCUUUUAUCGGAGAUGCUAGGUUUGUUUUUGCUACUGGAAGAUCGGGACAAUACCCAGAAAUAUUAGGAUAUAUUCAUUAUAGAUAUAAAACUCCUAUUAUGGCUAUAAUAUUAAUUACAUUAAUUACUGGACUAUACUCGUUUAUACCUGCCUUAGGAGAACUUUUGGAAUAUGCAUCGAUGGCUAGUCAAUUUAAAAUUCUACUGGUUUUAAUAGCUUUAUUAUAUUUGAGAUGGAAACGCCCGGAUAUUCAUAGGCCUAUUAAAGUUCCAAUUUUUAUUGUUAUCCUCACGCUAAUUGCCCUUUUAGUUAUUAUAAUACCGGCGUUUGUAACGAAUCCUACAACUUUAGGAGCGUGUUUACUAUUAUUCCUACUGGGAAUACCACUAUAUUUUCUCGGAGAGGUCGCGAAGAAGUCAAAUUGGAUAGAAUAUUUAAUGAAUUGGAUCACAAUCAAAUUACAAUUACUUUUACUUGUCCUACCUUUGAAAAAGGAUAAUAAGAGAAAAGAUAUUAUGGCUGCAUCAUUUGGAAAGUAG